AUGGUUCUGCCCUUGCAAGUCGAUCCAGACACGCUUUAUGAUGUGAACGAGAGGAUAGGACGUGGUGCCUUCGGCGAGGUUUUCAAAGGUGUGGAUAAACGGACUCGUCGUUUGGUCGCGAUUAAGCGUAUCGAUCUUGAAGAGGCGUUGGAUGAACUGGAGGACAUUCAACAGGAAAUAAAUAUUCUCUCCCAGUGUGACAGCCCCUACAUUACCAAAUAUUAUGGGUCCUACCUAAAGGGCACCAAAUUGUGGAUAAUCAUGGAGUUUAUGGGUGGGGGAUCUGCACUUGAGAUCCGCAAAGCGGUCAAAAUUAACGAACCGUAUAUCGCAACUAUAUUACAUGAAGUCCUCAUGGGCUUAGCAUAUCUGCAUGGCGAAGGAAAACUGCACCGGGACAUAAAAGCCGCCAACAUCCUUCUCUCGGACAAGGGUGAGGUCAAGCUCGCUGAUUUUGGAGUCGCCGGGCAAUUGACAAAAACAACAAAAAAACGCGUUACUUUCGUCGGAACGCCUUUCUGGAUGGCACCGGAGGUUAUCAAGGUGUCGUCGUACGACUACAAGGCAGACAUCUGGUCUCUCGGGAUCACAGCGAUAGAAUUGGCAGAGGGCGCUCCUCCUAACUCCGACGUCCACCCAAUGCGCGUCCUCCUUGACAUUCCCCGCAACCCUCCGCCCAAACUGCCCGAACGCUACUCCUCGAACUUUCGUGACUUCGUCCAGUGCUGUUUAGUGCGGUCUCCAGAAAAUCGUCACUCGGCCCAGGAGUUGCUAAAGCACCCUUUCGUGAAGAAACCUCGUAAGACAGUUUAUCUACAGGAAUUGAUAGAAGCCUAUCGACUUGCGCAUCUCCGUGGGCAUCCAGAUGAUGAGGAAGAUGAUUUCGACACAAACCCGGGUCGAUCGCAAGGUGACAAAGAUAAUGGCAAUGUGCUAACCUUCAAGUGGGACUUUGACACCAUCAAGGUGCCUGCAAAUGCCUCCGCAGCGCACCAGCAACAGAAUGUUCCUGCUGGCGUGGCGUAUCCGGCCGUUUCCGCACACGCCUCGUCGCCCAAACGGCAAAUUCCACCGUCAGGAGUGCCCUCUGGGCGCGCUAACGCAUCGCCGUCCGUUACAGACAAUGGUGGCCACUUUCAAUCGAAGCCGGCUCAACAAGCCGCCCCAAUUGUCUCCCAGCCAAUAGAUUCACGCUCCUCUGAGACACCUAAUCGAACUCCGUCGAAUAUCACCAACCAUCGUUCCCCACACUACGUCAACGAUGUACGCUCUUCUCCUACGGCUGCGGUGGCUGGUGCCAGCAGAAUUAAUCCUGGAUCUCACCGUAAUUCUCCUACUGCGCCAGCUGCGGCCCGUCGUUUCUCACCAGCCAACUCCCUCUUAAAUUUGUCUUCAACCAGAAAUUCCGACUUUCGGACCCACAUCCAGCCUCUUCUCAUUGACAUUCAGAGGGUGUAUGAUAACGUAGCAAGUAAUCACUCCCACUGCAUCGACUCACUCACUCGAUCAUUCGAUCGUGCCGAUACGCAGAUGAACAACUUCACAAAGACCUUCGUAAUGGAACUAACUCGGAGAAUCCUCGACCAUGAUCCAAGUAUUACUGUAGAACGCAAAGAACAGGCGAUUCGACGGACAAUGAGGUAG